CUCGAGUUUUUCCAAUCAUCUUCCUCCCCACCUCCUCUUCUAAAUCUAGUCAUCCUACCCCAUACCUUUCUUUCAUGUUCCUGAGUUUCUCCACUUUCAUUAUUCCCAAUUUUAUUCUACAAACAUAUUCUCCACAUCAUUUCACUUCAAUCCAUAUUUUUCUCUUGCAUGAUCCAAAACAAGUUUUUCUUUUUUUAAAGUCCAUUCAAGAAAAACCCUGAUCGAAAUUGGACUUAAUUUCCUCAAUAGACCCCUACAAUGCAACCAUGGCUAUAACUUCAUUUCUUGCUACAUUCUCUACGUUUUUAGUGUUCAUUACAUUUCUUCAUCUUCUUGCUCUUGCUCCUGUUUCUUGCUUUGGUCACAAGAAGUUGCCUCCAACUAACAUCGAGGUUACUUCAAUGGUGGAAGAAAAGACAAGGUUGGGUUCAACGCCACCGAGUUGCUACAACAAAUGCAACAAUUGUCAUCCAUGCAUGGCGGUUCAAGUCCCCACAAUGCCAACCCACAAUAGCCACCAACAAGACGACGGCGACGCUGCGGCGGCUGAAUCGACCGUGCCGCCGACCACCGCCUCCACCGCCGUGGAGAAUUACUUUGACUCGUCACCGUAUUCCGGCGGUAAUAAUAACAGGUACUCAAAUUACAAGCCCCUCGGGUGGAAAUGCCGGUGCGGCGGCCAUUUUUACAACCCUUGAUUAUUAAUUUGAUAACAUUUGGUUAAUUAAUCAGCAUUUACUAUGCUAAAAAGUGUAUAGAAAUUAUCUCGAUUGAUGAUAAUAGUAUAUGUUUUUUUUUUUUUUUAACGUUUUGUACGGGAAAUUUCUUAGUACUAUUAUUUAGAUAGAGACAAGACUUAUUUAUUAAGAGGGGUGUUAGAGCGUAUUUAUUGUGAUGAUGUACACAUUAAUUGAAACAAACUAUAAUACAGCUUUUUUUGCACAGUGAUAGCUACUAUCAAUCUGAUUGUGACUUGAUUUUUUUUUUUUCCCCUUUCAAUAUAUUUAUUAUUGGAUUGAAGUUUGAAGUUGUACUAUCGAUUUCCAGUUUCUACGUUACCCAAUGAUGAUUAGAGAACAUAAUAAUCACUCACGCAUUGUUCCAAUUAUCAUGUAAUUAUUGUAUUAAUUAACAAUCAUUUUGGGACGAAAGAAAUACGUUAGUAUAGUACCUCGUUACAUGUUGUCGCAUAUGUUGCUCCAAUGGAGGGCUAAUAAGUUUGUAGUGAUCUCUUGUUUUAGCUGUCGUCGUUCGUCUCUUAUCUUCUUGGGAUUUUCACGAUCUUUCUUGAUUUUGUGUCUUCUUUUAGACUUUAGAGGAUAUAUCUUCUUACAGAAGAAGAGGUCAUAGGGUUUGAAUUUACGAAAAACG